AUGGGGCACAGACAAAACCACAAGAACCCCAUUUUCUAUCUUCGCUUUCUCUCCUCCUCUACCAGGAAAUUCCUCAGAGGCUUGAAGUCUGAGAGGAGCAGCCCUGCUGAAGCUCUUUACUCAUUUUUAAUAGGUUCAAUUAGAGCUGACACUUUAAGCAACAUGGAUUGCUCAUCUCAAAAGCUCGACAAAAGUGACUCGAUACACCACAUGAGCCACCCCCAGACACGGCCAGAGCUGCCUCCCCUGCCUGCGUCUGUCGAUGAGGAACCAUCUGAACUCUAUCAGACUGUCAUGUCACACAGCUUUUAUCCCCCACUGAUGCAACGCACAUCAUGGACCCAGUCUGUGCCCUUCAAAGAGCAGUACCACCACCGAGGACCCAGUGAUUCCAUUGCCAACAAUUACUCACUGAUGGCCCAAGAUCUAAAGCUGAAAGACCUGAUAAAGAUCUACCAGCCAGUCACCAUCAAUACCUCUAGGGACAAGAUCACUCGGGGGAUGCCAUCAGGAACUAAAAGCUCAUCACAGCGCAACAAGAAGAUGUUCUCCUCCAGAGUCAGUGAGGAUCCCACUCGGACCAAGAUGGCCUGCAACGUCUCAGCAUCCUCACGCAUGAAGAAAGAGGUGAAUGCAUCUUUGACCCUCCCAGGAAGCAGACCAAUGAGUCCAGAACAGCAGAUUAAUGUGAUGUUACAGCAGGAGAUGGAAAUAGAAAGUAAAGAAAAAACUCCAUCUGCAUUAGACCUGGAGAGAUACUGUUACUAUUUGACCAACGGAAUCCGAAAAGACAUGAUUGCCCCUGAGGAGGACGGAGUGAUGGUUCGGAUUUCAAAGCUGAUUUCUAACAAGCUGCUGACAAGUCCCUCCUUGGAACGCCUGCUGGUCACCCUUGUGGGUGAAACAGAAAAUGACUACUACAGUAGCCUCAUGAAAAGCAUUGUUGAUUAUAUCCUCAUGGAUCCCAUGGAGAGGAAGAGGCUCUUCAUUGAGAGCAUCCCCCGCCUUUUUCCUCACAGAGUGAUCCGGGCCCCUGUGCCCUGGCACAGUGCCUAUAGGAGUGCUCACAAGUGGAACGAGGAGCAUCUGCACACGGUGAACCCCAUGAUGCUCAUCCUGAAAGAACUGUGGUUUACAGAAUUUAGAGACUUCAGGUUUGUUCGAACAGCAGAAUUGCUGGCAGGAGAACUUCCUCUGCAGCCUGAUGAGUACUGGGAUGUGAUCUGCAAGCACUGCGCAGAGGCGCGCCAGAUUCUCCUCAGCAAGUGGAUCCCCACUUGUACCCAGCUUUUUGUCUCAUGGAAGGAACACUGGGUCCACUUUGCUCCUAAGAGCGACUAUGACUCAUCUCGAAAUAUUGAGGAAUAUUUUGCUUCUGUUGCUUCCUUCAUGUCACUCCAACUCAGAGAAUUGGUCAUCAAGUCCCUUGAAGAUCUCGUUUCCUUGUUCAUGAUACACAAGGAUGGAAAUGAUUUUGAGGAGCCGUACCAAGAGAUGAAGUUCUUUAUACCUCAGCUGAUCAUGAUCAAACUUGAAGUCAGUGAACCCAGAAUUGUCUUCAAUCCAUCUUUUGAUGACUGCUGGGAAUUAAUAACCAACUCUUUCUUGGAAAUUAUUAAGAACUCUGAUGGGAUCCCCAAGGUGGAAUCUAUCCUAUUCCCAGAGUUGAAAGGAUAUAACCUGACCCUUGGAACUGUUAACAUGAAUGAAAAACGUGUUGCUGAUUUUGUGGAUCAAACAUUUGAAGUAUUUCAGAAAAAUCAAGUUGGCCCCCACAAAUACUUAAAUGUGUACAAAAAGUAUGACGACUUACUGGAUAACACAGCAGAGCAAAGCAUCACUGAAUUCCUGAAAGAAAAUCAUGAAAUUGAAGAUUUUGUGAUGAAGAUCGAUAGCAUAAAAAAGCGGAGAAAUGAAAUUGCAUCCAUGCAUAUUACUGUGCCUUUAGCCAUGUUCUGUCUGGAUGCCAUGAUCCUAAAUUAUGAUCUCUGUGAGCGAGCACAAAAUCUUAAAGACCGUCUGAUUCAGUACCAAGUGGAUGUAAACCGCAACACCAACUCCAGCAUUUGUAAACAGUACAGCGCCAUUGCAGACAAAGUCAGCGAGAUUCCCACCAACACUGAGGAGCUGGUAGUCCUCAUUGAAUUCUUAAGGAAAUCCAGUGAUGUCACUGUGUUCAAACUCAGGAGGCAACUUCAAGAUGCAGCUGAACGGCUAGAGUUCCUGAUGGACUAUGCAGACUUGCCUCAAGAAGAUAUCGAAGUGAACAGCACUCUGUUCCUCUGGCCAGAUCAGAUUGAAGACAUCUUUGAAAACAGCCGAAAUCUUCUUCUUACCAAGAGGGAUCAGGCAGAGAUGGACCUGAUUAAAAGACGCUCAGAGUUUGAGUCGAGACUGAAAAACUAUGGCAAGGAAUUAGAAGGCUUUAGGAAGCACGAAGUGAUGACCACAGAAGAAAUGAAGCACAAUGUCGAAAAGCUUGCUGAGCUCUCCAAGAACCUCAUUCAGGCGAUGCUGGAAUUUGAGUUAAUCAAUAAGGAGGAAGAGCUGUUGGAAAAGGAGAAGAGUAUCUUCCCUCUUCUGCAGACUUUGAUAACCACCAAAGCGCCUUAUGAGCAGCUGUGGGUGAUGGCCUAUGAGUUCAGCACCAAGUCCGAGGAGUGGAUGAAUGGCCCCCUCUUUUCACUGAAUGCUGAGGAAAUCACAGAGGAGAUAGGAAAUAUGUGGAGAACAAUAUAUAAGCUGACCAAGACCUUUGCUGAUGUGCCAGCACCCAGACGCCUGGCAGAGAACGUUAAAUUGAAGGUUGAAAAAUUCAAGCAGCACCUUCCCAUCCUUAGCAUUUCCUGCAACCCUGGGAUGAAGGACCGGCACUGGAAACAGGUAACUGACCCUGCCUGCUGGGUGGCCCUGCUUGGUCACGGUCCUGUUCCUGGUGCCCUCUGGAAGACUGGAAUCAUUACCGAGUUCAGAUUCUCUGAGAAUCUGCUCAGGGCCAGGGGCAGCAGUGGGCCUGAUAACCCUCUGAAGGAAGGGAAUAUCUGGAUUAGUGAGAUUGUUGGCUAUGAAGUAAGUCCCACUGAAACGACUUGCCUCUCAAAUAUGCUGGAUUGUGGAUUUGCCAAAUACAUUGAAAAACUGGAGCCCAUUGGUGCUGCUGCUAGUAAGGAAUAUUCCCUGGAGAAAAACUUGGAGAAAAUGAAGUUAGAUUGGUCCAACAUGACGUUCAGCUUCGUGAAAUACAGGGACACUGUGAGUCUCAUCCAACUGAAAACAGCCCCAUUAUUCUAUGGUAGAUGA